CUGGAAUAAACGAUGCAGUUACUUUAUUAUUAAAGAUGGGUUUAUAAUAUAAUUAUAUACCUAGAUUUUAAUGAUUUAAUGUGUACAUAAUAAUAUAACGCUUUAUAUUUAAAUAUUUUCUUAAAUUGAUAUUAGUCGCCAGUCGCAGUUAGUACAGUAAGUAACAGCAUUGAUUAAGUAUUCAUUAUUAAUGGUAGGAGUAGUAGGCAGUAGUAACAGUAACAACUAAAAAUUAAUUAUCAAUCUAUACCGUAAAUGGUGCAUUCGUGUAACAUGCUUAGAUGCUUACAGUGUUUAUGCCAACGCUCACACUUAUGAACAGUUUGUUUAGACAUAUAGCUAAAUAGCACUGCUAGGUAAAUCUCACGACUAACGCAAAUAUAAGCAUAUUGAUUGUACGAUUAUCGCAGUUAUCAGCUGUAAAUUGUCAUCAAGGAAUACUAUAAUUGUAAUGACUAACGAUGUUAUUUUAAAAACUAUUAAAAUAUUAUGUACUUCAAAUUUUUAUUUCUAUACAUUUAUAUUAAUCGUAGUUUAAACAGCGUGGUCGUAUUCUACAAAGAAUAAUAAUUUAUUAUUAGGUGAAAAUAUAAUCAAAUAGAUAUCACUUAUUUCGUGUUUCUGUUUGAGCGCGGAUCAAUGACAUAACGUUUAGAUUCAGUAACGUCAUGGUUGUAGUCUGAGCGCUAUCGAACGCCAAACCAAACGGUAACGCUUAUAAGCGUUUAAGCGAGCUACACGAAUAUACCUAAAGUAACUUACAGUACGUUUCACGAAACUAGCGACUUCGCCGUGCGCUUCCUAUGACAGAUUUUCAUGAGGGUUUUCUAAACGUGUGACUAAAAAAGCGCAGUAAUUUAAAAAUGUUAUAAUUAUUGUAAAUAUUAAUGUUAAAACAUCAAAAGAAAAUGUAUAUUUUAAUAUAUUAUAAUAAAUAAUAUAAUGUAUAAUAAAAUAUAUUAUACAAUAAAUAAAAUAAUUAUUUGUAUUCAUAUUUUUUAAAAACCGUGCAAUAUUCCAAAUUGCCGCGUAUUGUGUGCAAGUUUGAGAAACCGCGGAACACCGGAAGCACUAUUGCGGAGUCGCUAGUUUUUUUAUAGUCAAUAAACAAACCUCCUAUAAGGCUAAUGGGCAAUGGUUAUACACAAAAUUGACAACACAAAACCAUUUAGCAUUUAUCUAUAUGUUUUCUACUAUCUCUAACCACAAACACAUCGUUUUUCGUGGGUCUUUAACCAAUAACCAAAAUUGUUUAAACACGACUGAUAAUGAAUAUAACCAGGUUAAUCGAGAAAACACGCCUUAGUAAUUUUAGUUCGUGAAAUUAUCACAGGGGUAGCGUCGUCGUGGGGCGUAGGUAUUAUAGGUGUGUCCAUGGCUAUACAUAUUGUUAUUGAUUUUAUUAUAUACAUUACAUUAUAAAAUCAAUGAUAUUAUCCAAAGCUAUGGUUGUGCGUUGUGCUCAUAGACAUACAUUUAUUUAUAUUAAUUCACCUUAACAUGGAUUACUCAACAUUGUAUUAAAAAUACUAAUUAGAUUGUUUCACAAAUCUAGGUGUAAGCAAAUAAACGCAAAGUCGUGAACUUUGCUAACUUCGACGACACUGAUAUUGUAAGUAUCCAUUUUCUCAAUAGGUAUAUUUUAUGAUAAUUUUUUUUAGUUGAGAAAUUAAUAAUAAUGUUGCAUUACCUAUUAGUUAUUACUGUGUUUUUUAUUAAACGUGAGUAUUUAAUUCUGAGAUAUGUACACGUAGAGUAAUAAUAUAAUAUAAUAUUGUUUUGUUUAUAAGAUCUAAAUUGAUGUGGUAAUUUGUUUAAAUAUUAAGGUGAAUAUAUUGUGUUAUCAGGUUGUAUAGGAUUAGGAAUAAACAUCUAAAGCUACAUCAACUUUUAAGUAUAUUCAGAUGCUGGCUAGCCGAUUUAUAGUAUGAGCCAAAGACUUAAAGUCGUUGGUUCGUCUAUGUAAGUGAUUUAAAGUUAACUUGUAUGCUCUGCAUGAAUGUGCUUAGGUGUGGAUGUGUGUUAAGGAGUUAUUCUUGAGUAAUAGAUAUAGCAAAGAGGUAUUCAACUCAUCGCCUGUCUGAUCUUUAUUUGGAGCCCACAAUCACAUUUUAAGUAUAGAGUAUAUUUUUCCCAUUUUGAUAAAAUUAGAAUGACUAUAAGAUAUUUCUAUCAAAAAAAUUAAAAAAUACACAAAAGGUAAAAUAAAUACAAAAGUAAACUAAAUUACUUACGUACAAAUAAAUGUAGCCUUUAAGUUAUUGAUUGUGAAAUGAACAUAACUCGAAUAUUUCACUUAUUUUCAUUGUAAAUAUAAUAUAUCAGUUGGUAAACAACAAAAUCUCUGACGAUUCACAUAUGUCAAUAAAAAUGGUCCAAUAGUUAUUGUUUUGUUCAAGUUAAACAAAAGGCUAUAUGCUUAAUUUUUUUAAAGAAUACAAUUUAAAACAACAAUAUUGUACCAAACAUGUAAAAUAUGAAAAGAUACAAGAACAGCUUCGAUUUGGCAAAAUUCCAUCAUUAAUGAAAAAUAUAGUCAGUCUUUAACUUUAAGAAAAAAAGCCAUAUAGAAUCAAAACUAGGACAAAUCAUAAUAAAGACAAUAAAUAUAUCAUAACAGGACAAAAAAUUGCAGCUAAAUUGAAGUCUUUUACUGAUGGUGAGUUUAUAAAAAAAUGCAUGGAGAAAUUUGCAGCCUGUGAAAUUUUAUGUCCAGCACAACAACUAUUUUUCAAAUCGAGUUUAUCAAGAAUAACUGUUGCAAGGUUCAUAGAAGAACUAGUAACUAAUAUUGAUAGUAGGUACCUCAUAAUAAUGUAUUUCUAAGUUUAUUUUAUAUUUGCUAGCCCUUAACAAGAGUAAAUAUAUGACCAUAGAGAAUUUAAAAACUUUCUAAAUAAAAUAGAUGCUGGAACAAGGUGAUGUAAAUUAUUUUAAAAAAUGUCCGUUGGCUCAGUAGAGCUAAAAGAACGUUUUCGAUUUAAAAAUUGCUAAAAGUAAAGGAAAAUUUUUGAACAACUAAACAAUUCUGAAUGAAUAAAUGAUUUUGCUUAUUUUAUGAAUAUAAUAUUGCAUUUGAAAAAGUUGAAUUUCCAUUUUAAACUUCAAAACAAAUUAAUUCAUAAUUUAUUCAACUUUAUUAAAUCUUUUGAAAAUAAAUUUCUAGUGUGAGAAAUCCAGUUUAAAACAAAUAACGCAACACAUUUCCCAUGUUUGUUAAAAUACAAUGUUCAAUAGAACAAUGUCAAUUAUACUAAACAUAAAAUAAAAAAUAAUUUAUAAUUUUAAUUUUAAUUAUAAAUGUUAUAAUAAUAAAGAUUCAAUUUUUGUUAAAAGUACAUUUUAUGUAUAUGUUUUACAAUGAUGUUUAUUUUUUAUUUUAUUUUUUCUGUGAAUAACUUUUAUACCAGAAAUUUUGCUCUGGUAUUCAAGUGCAUCUUUUCUGAAAAUAAAUUUGACUGGGGUAUUACUAUAUACUUACAAUUUGGACAAAAUUUAGAUUUGCCUUUUCUAGACAGUAGAUUGAUAUUUAAGUGUAUUUAAGAGAAAGAGAAAUUAUGAUAUAUUGUACCGAAGAUAGGUUACAUACUUAAGUGUAGAAUAAAUCAUAAACUCAAGGUGGACUAAUCCACCUUAUAUAAACCUAAAUCUAAAUAGAUAAGAAACUAUUAAAAUGGCAAAUAAUCAUAAAUAAAUGAAUGAAUGUGUCUUCUGGAGUAUUAUGAUAAAUGUAUUAUACUUUUCUACAAUCCUCCUUGAGUUUUUUUUUAUAAUUUUUGUGAAAACAUUCAGUAGCUCUAACUAUGACAAAAUCUCUAUUUUUUUAAUAGAUGUUGUAUUAGCAAUGACUUUAACUUUAAUUAGAAUUAAACUUUAGUGCAGAUGCUAAACUUGGUUUAGCUCUGUAAGGUUCUUCAUUGUCAGAAAGGAUGAAAAACUGAAAACAAUUCAAAAUUGAUACAUCUGUAUGAGCUUUAAGAGUAAUUGAAUGAACUCAGUUACUCAGAUUAAAAAUUUGACAUUUUGUGGAGUUCAUUCUAUUACUCUUUAAGAUCGUAUAUGUACAGAUCACAUGGACACCAUACUGCCAGCAGUUCUGGCACCCGUGACAAUACUAUACUCAAAAAUAUAAUAAUACCUGGCUUCGCCUGUGUCUGUAGGUAGCAUUCUUAACCAGUGGAGUAUUUAAGAUUUUGCCAAGGAAGGAUAUAUCUAGUAAAGCAAUAAAUCCCUUCGCUGUCAUGAAGAAUGAAAAACUGAAAACAAUUCAAAAUUGAUACAUCUGUAUGAGCUUUAAGAGUAAUUGAAUGAACUCAGUUACUCAGAUUAAAAAUUUGACAUUUUGUGGAGUUCAUUCUAUUACUCUUUAAGAUCGUAUAUGUACAGAUUAUGUGGACACUAUACUGCCAGCAGUUCUGAAACCUGUGACAAUACUAUUUUCAAGAAUAUAACAAUACCUGGCUUCGCCUGUGUAUGUAGGUAUGUAGGUAGCUUUCUUAACCAGUGGAUUUUGUCAAUGAGGGAAAUAUCAAAUUUGAAAACUGUACCAUAAAUAUUGUAUGUGUACAUAGGCUAAACAACAAUUUAAAAUUGAUACAUCUGUAUGAGCUUUAAGAGUAAUUGAAUGAACUCAGUUACUCAGAUUAAAAAUUUGAUAUUUUGUGGAGUUCAUUCUAUUACUCUUUAAGGUCAUAUAUGUACAGAUCACAUGGACACCAUACUGCCAGUAGUUCUGACAUGCAUGACAAUACUAUACUCAAUAAUACAAUAAUAUCUAUCUUCACAUGUAUGAUUUUUUUUUUUUGUAUUUAAUUUGCUAAUAUUAUUUUGUUAAAAAAUUGAUAUUGUGUGGCAUUCAACUUUUAUUUAAAUAUAUGACCAAAGUUUAUGUUUAAGGCUAUAUUUGAGUUAGACUAUCAUUAUUAUUUAUUUUUUAAAAAUGCCUAACCAAAAGUUAUAAUUAAGACUAAAUAACAAUUGAUUAGAUUUUAUUAUAUUUCUUUUUUGAUUCAAGUACUUUAUAUUAAUGAAUUUUCAUAAUUGCCACUCUGUCAUUUUUUUAGCAAAAUGUGACUUUUUUUUACAAAUCCUUAAAAAUCACUUUUCAUUUUGAAUUUGUUCCAAAUAUUUUGAAAUUUAUUAUUAUUGAUAUAUAUAUAUUUUAAUUUUUUUUUUUUAUAAAUACUGAACUAAAUUAUAUUUUAGUUAUCUACGUUAAUAAAUAUCUUUAAUCUUAUUUGUAACAUUGUUAUAAAUGCUAGUUAGUCAAUCGAAAAUAAUUUGUUACCUUUUUAGGUAUUAUUCGUUAUUUACAUUAUGAAUAUAUUUUGUUAAUACAUUAUGUUACCAAGAAGUAUUUUAAAUUCUGAGUGAAGAGAAGUGAGUGGUACAAUUUUAAACAAAUAUUAAAGAAAAUAUAUAAUGCCUAUGUAAUUAUUGUUGAAAACCAACACUAUCAACUGAACUCCACUUAGAAUUUGUUUUUCGUUAGCAAUGGUUUAUUAUUUCUUAAAGAUAUACAUUAAAUUUCCCCUCUACUACCUUCCAAAUUUUCACUUACAACAGUGGCUGCAUCCAUGUGGGAUUGUAACACAGGAAUCUAGAAAAUUUCAUUCUGCUCUAUUGUAAAAUCAUUUUGUACUUACAACAUAUUUGAAUUAAGCCAUCGAAUCAUACAUGAUAUUUUAUUGGUAACAGUCUAUAUGUAUUAUAUUCAUGGUAUUCAAAUUGUGUCCAAAAAAUGAUAUUUUGUCUGAAUUUUUCACAACACAGCCUAGAUGUACCAUGAAUUCUUAACAACAGGUCUAAGUUGCAUCCCCAUUAAUAAUUAAUAUGUACAAUAUACAUAUUUUCUUUUCAAUUUUUACAGACCAAGGACUGUCAUUUAUACAAAAAGCAUGGUUAAAAAUAUGCAUAUUAGGUAGGUAUUAUAAAUUAUUACAUUUAGGUACAAACAUUGUGAACAUUACCAUGUUUGGAAAGAAAAUUUGUAUUGUAUUAAUUGUUCAAUAUAAGUAAUUGUUUAUUUUUUCCUCUGAAUAUUUUAAUUAUUUUUUAAUUUUUCAUUAUUAUAUUGUUGCAAAGUGACAUUUAAAAAGAUUAGGUAUGUUUAAAUGAUUGUACUGAAUGUUGCAGCCUAACUGAGGUGUACAAUUUAAUAUGAAUAAAAUUGAUUUCCAACAAUAAAGUUGUUAUGUUAAGUUGUAUUCACAGAUAUUCACAAAAGUAUGAACAGUCUGAAAAAUCGUGAACGCAACUCUGAUGUAUUGCGUAAACUUAUCAGACACAAUUUGGUUGUGCUAUAUAUUUUUCUUUUUAGGGACAUAAUACAGUCCUCAUUUAGGUAUUCUUUAUAAAUACACUACUUUUUAGUAACUUGUAAAAUCGUAUUUUAAUAAAAAAUAAAUAAAUGAAUGAAUGUGUGGUCUGGAGUAUUAUGAUAGUGAUAAGUGUAUUAUACACCAGUUUCAAAUUAAAUGAUGGAAUACAUAGAAGAAAAAAAAUUAUACAAAUUGGUCAUUUUACAUAGAAUAUAGAAAUUAUUUAUUUUAAUAGGAGAGAUUAUUUAAAAUUAGUUAUUAUUUUACAUAGAUAUGUUGAGAAAUAUAAAUUAUUUGGUCAUUUAAUUUGGUCAAUUAUUUAUUAUCUAAAAUGUAUUGAUAUGAUAUUAUUUUUAAAAACGGUUUGAACAUUUAAAAUAUUAUUAAAAUUAUUUUCUAAGUGUUUUGUUAUCACUUUCCAUUGUCAAUUUAAAAGAAAAUUAAAUAAAUUGUGAGAAAUUCUUAUUGCUACUUACCUAGAAUAUUAUUCUGCAAAAUUACUAAAUACUUAAAAAAAAAAAAUUAGCUAUUGGUAAUUAAAGAAAGUGUGACUUCAUGUAGAGUAAAUAUAUAAAUUGUAAUGGAUAGCGGAGUGUGAGUAACUCACCCCACUUGUGUGGAUUAAUAUUAAAAGGUAGAAUUUGUUUAAAACAUGCUAUACAUUUGUUAGCAGUGUUUGGCGUAAUCGAUAAAUUUACGAUUAAAUUACGUAAUCAAAUAUUGAUUUAUUGAAUUAUAUUAGUUAUUAAUCGUUUAAUCAUUUUUCAAAGUAAUCAAUGAUUAAAUAUUUGUAAUCGUUAUUGAAAAAUUGAUCGCUUAACUUCAACUGUGACGCGAUCGCGGCGCUGAGCUAAGUAAAAAAAAAAUAAGAGCUCGAGCGUCAACCAUAAUCGUACAUUAUACGAGACGGCCUAUUCCUAUUUAACCUGUGUAUUGUAUAACUAUGGCAAAUGGUCCGACCUCUGUAGCCUAAACCAAUUGACUGAUUGUUUUGAAAUUUACACGCGUUUCACACUAUGAUAUGUAGAUGAUACUUUUGUGAAUUUCAAGUUGAUCAGAUGAUAACAGCCUGAGUAAUAUGCUAUUAGCAUAGUUUUUCUUCGAAACGCUAUUUUUUUUCAACAAUUCAACAAUAUAUGUUGUGCGCGUUGUUACCACCUGUUGGCUACUGUGGCCGUUUGCGGCGAAUAAAAAACAAUUUUAUCUAUUUAUUUUAUCGCUGUAUUACUAUAGUAUCGUUUUCCGGCUACAUUCAUAAGCUAGGUAUAAUAAUCAUACAUCAUAUAUUAAUUUACUCAAUACACAAAACAUCAAAGAUGUGUCCCCAUAUUUUUUCACUUGAUAAAAUAAAAACAGGGGUUACUACAAUCGACUGGCGAUAAUUCGAAAUUAAAUUUUGGGAAAACUGGCUAUUAACACGUGACAAUUCGGUUUCAUUUCUAAACGCUCGGCAAUUCGAAGUACAUUCACAAUGUAUUUCUUAAAUAUUUUCGAUAACGAUAGAAUUGUUAUCGUAAGCAUUUUAUUUCAUAAUCGUCUCUCUUAUCGUAUUUUAACUCGUCGAAAGCCGGCUGUAGUUUUAUUUUAGUUUUGUUUUGUUGGUUGUAAAGUUCUACAAUAAUGAUUUUAUUUUUACAUUUUAAAAACAAUUAAUACUAUAAUAAUGCCCAAUUUGCUGAAAUAUUUAAUUUUUAUAAUAAAAAAAAAAAUUCAAAUUUUUUUUCUCUUGAUACGAACUACGCAGCAAUUCGAAAUUUUUCAUAAGACACGCCAACUUCGAUUUAUCGAGAGUCUACUGGGUAUUCAAAAUUUAAAUAAAAAAAAUUAGUCAUAUCCUAACAAAAACCCUACGUCAACUACGUGUAAAAGCUUCGCUAAGAAAACAAAACUCAAUCUAAAUGUUGUGUUAUCAAAAAGGAGCUGAGUAAUUUCUUAAAUUGUUUAUAAUUGAAUCUUUAUUUGUAGUCGUAACAAUUAGUAGCUACCAAGCUAAGUUAAAUUAUUUGUAUUAAAUUAACGCACUUCAUCAAAUACAAACAAUAUAAAUAAUUUCUAUACUAAGGAAUUUAAGAAAUUACCUAGCCCCUUUUUGUUAUCACAACUUUUCUGACUCUAGUCUUUUUUUUUUUCUUAGAGAAGGUUUUACAUGUAGCUGACUGGGAGUUUUUAUUGGGAUACAAUUGUACAAUGAAUUAUGUGCAUACAGUAUUAUGUUUACUAUCAUUAGCAUUUUAGGGUAAUCAUCCUAUGUUUAUUGUCUAAACUUGAAAUCCAUCUAAAAUCUGAUGCCCUAUACAUUUAUGGUUUAUCCAAUGCUUUGGGACAUUUUCCUCUUUGGUACUAAGAGCCUCUCUCUUAGAUUGGCCUUGGAUGCAUACACAUUAAUACAUUAUGCAUAUAAAUAACUGUAGUAAGUAAAAAGUAUUUAGAUGAAUAAGUAUAAUUGAAUAAUGGAAUAAAAUGUCCUUAGAUAUUACAAUGAAACCUCCUCUUAUAGACAUCUCCCAACAGUGGACAUUUUUUUGGGGACUGGGACAUUUUCACUAUUGUUCAAUUGGAAAAUCUUUAUAUAACGAAAUAAUGUUUAUCUCAAAAUAUAGCUGUUAUUCAUUAAUCAUUAAUCGUUAAAAAUGAAUCAUGAUUACGAAUUAAAUUAUUUUGUAAUCGUAAUCAAUACUAUGAUUAAAUUAUUAUUUAAAUCAUUUAUAAUAAUUUUUAAUUGUGAUUAUUGAUUAGGUAUAUUAAUUUAAAUUAUGAUUAACAACUACACAUUUUAAUCUUAAUCUUUUAUUAUUAAUUAGAUUACGAUUUGUCUAACACUGUUUGUUAGUAUAGGUAUAAUAUCAUUGUUAAAAUGUUUACAUUAGGAAAUUUAAAAAAAAAAACCAAGAUAUUUCAUUGUUUUAAAGUACCUAUGUACUUCUUUAGCGUUGUAUAAUAUGUAUAUAAUAAUCAAUGAUGAACUAAAAUUAAAGAAAAUAAUUUUUUUUAGAUUAUAUCUCAAGUAAUAUGGACAAAGAACAAAGAGAUCAAUUGUAUGUAAGAAUUCAUUUUGAUGGUGGUGAAAGUGUCAGAUUGAAAAAGUCAUUUCUAACAAAAAAAAGUCUUUAUUUUGAUGCUAUGCUCGGUGGUAACUUCAUGGAAUCUCAAUCAGGAGAUAAAAUACAAUUACAAGUAAUAUUUGGGAGGUUAUAUUUUUAAUUAAUAAUUGUAAUUAAAACAUUUGUUUUCAAAUUGCAGGGUGUAGACUAUACACAUUUUAUGAGUAUUAUUCAUAGUUUGAGACAUAAUACUGUUGUAAUUGAUGGUGUAGAUGAAUUACUUCGCUUUCUGGAAACAUCGAUUUUUUAUCAAUUCACAGAUAUAAUUAAAAAAUCUAAUACAAUUAUCAAAGAGAGUAUGCUUACAUGUCAUGCAAUACCUAUUUUAUUAUCGGCUUCUAGACUUGCAUUGUCUGAAUUAUGUGAAAAAGCACGUAUUUAUAUCUUAUAUAAUUUUAAAACACUUUUGGCAAAUAACAGAGAACAGUUUUAUCAACUGAACAGAGCAAAUUUGUUACUUUUGUUUAAUGACAAUGGUUUAAAUGUUAAUGACGAAAUGGAUGUAUUUAAUUUGGUUAUUGAAUGGUGUUCAAAAAACUACGAUAUUGAGUAUGAAAUGGUUUCUAAGUGUGUGCGGUUUAAUUUGAUGGAUGCAAAUCAAUUAAAUAAUUGUAUUUCAAAAACAAAAAAUUCAAAUUUGCAAAAUACAAUUAAACAAUAUAUUGAUUAUAAUAUACAAGGCAAUGAGUCAAUGAAACCCUUAAUUAGACCAAUAAGAAAUGUUCCCAAUGUCUUAUGUACAGUAAAAAAUGAUGAUGAUGGCGAUGCGCAUAUUUGGAAGUGGGAUUGGCAAACAUUGCAAUUUUCAAAAUUCCUGAAAGUGGAUCCAUUACCUUCAAAUACAGUUGGUUAUCAUGUAAUGGUUAAAGGUAAUCAAAAUAAAAUAAAUUAUUUAUAUAUUUAUUUACAAGUAUUAACCAUUUAAUAAUUUUGUUUUUACUUUAUUAUUCUAUUAUUAAUUAUUUCGUGCAUUCAUAGAUAUGGAAAUUUAUGUUAUGGGUGGUGAAAUUGGCUACUUUAGAGGAAUAUGGAAUGAAUCUGGCUGGAAAUACAGUUUAUUAUCCAAGGAAUGGAUUAAAUUAGAAAAGUAGUUUUAACAAUUAAAUUAAUAUAUUAUUAUUAACUUGUGUAAAUUCUUUAACGAGUACAUUUUUUUUAUACAGUUUUGUUCCCUCUAAAAGACGUAAUGGCAUUGGUUAUUUUUGUGGAGAUGAUUUAUUUUUAAUUGGAGGAAGAACAAAACACAGACUACGUAAUAAAGUAAUGGAACACUUCAGAUUAGAUAAAGGUAAAUUAUAUAUUCUAGUUUAUAUGGUAAUUUUUAUAUUAAUAGUAAUUUCAUUUAUAUUAGAUAAUAAUACACUUGUACACAUUGGAAACAAUGAGUGUUUUACUUGGGGGAAGGAAAUCAUGUCAGGCAAGUAUAUUUGUUUGGAGUAUCAAGGCCAGUUUGUUAUGAUAAAAAAAUACUUUAGUACCAAGUGGCAUAGUUUUAGUUUUGAUGAAAGUAAUCCAUCAAAUUAUAAAUGGGAUGUUAAUGUCAUGAAUAUUGAACCAAUAAUUACCUCUGCAACUGUUUAUUUAGACUCGGUAUAUAUACUUGGUAAGUUAUUUAAGCAAUUUUAGGUAUUAGUUAUAUUAUGUUUUAAAACACUUUUGAUUUCACAGUAUCUUAUAAAAAGACAAUUGGAUUGCAUUGUUACUCUCCAGAGGAAAAUCGAUAUCGGACAAUAACAAUAUUUAAUAUAGAAUUUGAAGAUGGUGUGAUGUGUGCAUUUAAUGACAACAAAGCUAUGGUGUUUAAAAAUAAUACACUAUCAUAUUAUUUAUUGGAUACAAAUGUCCACAAAGAAUGUACACUGCAAGACAAUUUUUAUUCUGAACAUUUUUUUAUUGUUCCAAUUUAUUAAAUUAAAACUUCUGAAUUUUUUUUUUAAUUCUGAGCAUAGUGAGGAAUGUAUUAUUGAUUUUGAAAUGAAAUAUGCAUUUUUUUUCAGUCUGUACACGAUUUUUUUAUUAGAAAUUUCAAAACAUUUUGGUAACUUUUAAGCUAUUUGUAGUCAUUUGAACAUUUCAAGUUUUUAGGUUUUUAUUUGGUUUUACCAGAUCAGUAAAACAUAAAACCUGAAUUUUUUUUACAAAAAUUAUACAUUUAUUAUAUGAAAAAGAUAGCAAAUAUUUUAUUUGGAGUAUUGCCCAUUGCUAUACAUUUUUCCCAACUGUGUGGUAAUUUGUAGAUGCGAAAUAUUGUUAUUCUUUUAAGAUGACCUAGUCAUUGAGCCAAUUUCUUACAUUUUCAUAAGCGCUUCUCAGGAAGUGCGUGUCCCUUAUAUAAAUAAAUAGAAAUCAAAUGAAUAAGCUUCAUGCAAAAGUAUUUCCUAACUAAAUGUCCCAAUUGUUUCUUCUUUGACCAGUUUUGCUGUGUGAUGAUGCAUUAUCAUGAAGCAAAGUUGUUUUUUUUAUACUCUGGUAUUUUUCACACUAAGCUUGAUUCAAAUUGAUCAUUUGUUGUUGGUAACACUCAGUAUUAACAGUUUCACCAAGUUUUAGCAGCUCGUAAUAGAUCAUACCCUUCUUAUCCCACCAGACACAGUAUUUGUGUUUUCUUACUAUGCUUAACCCAGUUCACAUGAAAUUUGUUUUCCCAUUAUCUUAAUCGUAUGGCUUUCAAGUGUAUGGAGACAGCUUCACUUAUUAAAUUUAAUUAAUCUGUGAGUUGUUAUAUUUAAGAGCUAUAUUCAUCCAACAAUUCUUGCAAUUCGCUAUCUUCAAACUUUUUCUGGGGUCUUCUACUUCUCACAUAAAAAUUGCCACUUUGAAAUUUUUAAACUACUCAAAGCAUAGUGAUUUUUCAAAAGCAUACUCACCCUAAGCUUCUUGGACAAGCAUUCAAUGUUAUUCUGCGGCAUUUUUUUUCAAAUUAAUAUUGUUCACAAAUUGUGAUUUCGAAGCAUAAAAUUUGACAUAUUCAAUGCUAUUACAAACUGUGCAGUUUUAUGAAACUUGUAUUAUUAUGAAUUGGUUAUCUUUUAUCAAAUAUCAAUAUGGAAAUAACAUUAAUUACACAGUCUAAAAAUAACUAUAUUUAUUGCUAGAGGUAUUUAUAGGCAAAUUCAGGUUUCAUAUUUAUAGACUGUAUAAGCAUACAAUUUUUUUUCAUAUGUCAAAAUUUAUCCCAAAUAUAAAAUGAGAUUCGUUAUUGUUAUCAAUGGUAGCCAAAAAAAUUGAGCAUAAUAAAAGAUUUUUUUUUUUAAUUACAAAGUUCAAAUUUUUACUAAGAUUGUAAAAAAAUCAUAGCAUUUUAAAACAUGAUUAACCAAACUUCGCUCUGAAUUAUGUUUUUAUAUCCUAUUUUUUUGUAAUAUUAUUUAUUAGAUUAAUUAUUUAGCCUGGUGUACACACAUACCUUUUAUACUUUUACAAGUGUUAUACAAAUGAAACACAAUUCCUUAUUUAUAAUGUACUCAUCAUUUUAAUUAUUUCACUUAGUAAUUCAUAAUUAUUUUAUUUAUAUUUAAUGUUUAUAUUCUUAUAAAUACUUUUUUCUAUUAGCAUAAGUACUUUUAUGAGUGAGUAAUUGAUAUUGAUUUUGUCACAUACUGUACAAUAACAAUAAUACAGUAAUUUUUUAAAAACUUCAGCAGAAGUAUAGAGACAAUAUUUUUCCGAGGGCUCAGGUUUUUGGUGAUUUAAGACAUUUUUAAAAUGUAGAAAGUCAAUUGAAGAUGAACUUUAAGGUGAACAGCCUACAACUGCAAACAAUUAUGAAAAAAUUGACAACAAUUUGAAUUCUGAUAAUGCUUUAAGCCCUCUAGAAACUUGGGCCCUUAAAAAAACCAUCAUAUUUAUGUGUCUGCAGAAGUUUCUGAAAAGUCAUUUAUUUUAAGAACUCACAAGAAAAUACUGAUUUAUGAAAACAAUCUAUUUAUUUAUUUAUUUAUUUAUUUAUAUUUAAUCUCAAAUUAAUACAAGACCCUAGGGAGUUAAAUUCCUACUGAAAAUGUAUUAGAUGUUAGCUUAACUCCCAUCCAUACACAAACCCAUCAGUGAUGCUAGAUUGCACGCUGCAUUACUAGUCUCAUUACUUUAUUUAUAUACCUCAUAUAUAUAUACUAAAAUAAUUUUAAGGAUUUUAUAUCUUAAACUACAUGUUCAAGUAAAGAACAAGCAAUUCAAGUUGAAAAUUUCAAUUUCAUAUCACAGCUACCUCACUUGACCAUAAUAUUUAGAUAUUCUAUAAUUUAUGAUCAAAUAUAACAAUAAUAAUACAUUUGUCUUUUAAAGAUAAUACCAGAUUUAAAUAAUGUGAUUAACAUAAGUCACUUUUUAUAACUUAUAUAUAUAUAUAUAAAACUUAAUUAUAUUUUUUUUUUAAAAAAAUAUUUCCCUAUUACAAAUUAUGGUAAAAUUAUUUUGUUGGGUAUUUGUUUAUCCUACAGUUUCUAUUCCAUUUUAUUGUACCUCAUACGGCUAUUCCCUUGAAUCACAUUACUAGAAGAUGUAAUAAAUUGAGAAAACUUAAUUUGUUUUAUACAUGAUAUUUACAUUUGUUAAGCCAAAUUUUCUUUAAUAUAUGUUUGAAAUCUUUUUACAUAUUCUUAAUAACUCAUUGUUAUUAUUAAUUACUUUAUUCUAAUUAUCUAAUUAUAUUAGGAUAUAUUUUAUGCUGUAAUACCAUUUUUCUAUAGUUAAGUUUGAUUAAUGUAGUUUACUUUUAUUGUACUUUAGCUUACAGGCAUUUAUAAAAUUAAUUAAUUAAGAGGAUUAUUAAUAUAAGAUAGUUAGAUUAAAUGGUUUUAUUUAGUCCUAUCUAAUUUUAAAAUAUCAUGAUUUAUAAAAAACUAUAAUUAUGAUUAUUUUAAAAAAAUCAUAAUUUACUUUAUUUCUAUUCCAUUUUAUUGUACCUCAUACGGCUAUUCCCUUGAAUCACAUAACUAGAGGAUGUAAUAAUUUAAGAAAAUUUGAUUUAUUUUAUACAUGAUAUUUACAUCUGUUAAGCCAAAUUUUCUUAAUAUAUGUUUGAAAUCUUUUUACAUAUUCUUAUUUACUCAUUGUUAUUAUUAAUUACUUUAUUCUAAUUAUCUAAUUAUAUUAUGAUGUAUUUUAUUUAUGCUGUAAUAUCUUUUUAUGUAUACUUAAGUUCGAUUAAUGUAGUUUAUUUUUAUUGUACUUUAGCUUACAGGCAUUUAUAAAAUAAAUAAAUAAAUUAAGAGGAUUAAUAAAUUAGGAUAGUUAAGUUGAAUGGUUUUAUUUAGUCCUAUCUAAUAUUAAAAAUCAUGAUUUAUAAAAAAUAAACAAUGAUUAGUUUAAAAAAAUCAUUAAUCUAAUUUACUUAUUUUUCUCAAUAAACAAUAAUAUUAUAUUAUGUAUACUAAACAAAUUUUGCUUAAGAACACACUUUUAAUUGUUAUAACAAAUGUUACAUUAGAAAAGUAGAAUGUGUAAUUUAUUAUAAAUUUAUUUACUAAAGAUAUGUAGUAGUGGCAUCAUUUAGCAUUAAAUAAAUAUAUAUAAUAAAAUAAUGUAUUCUAUUAAGUUAUUUAAUUGUCAAUUAGCUCCACCUACUGUGUGAAAUUCACUCAGUCUUUUCUUGAACAUCAAAAGGAGGGUGAAACGUUCUUAAACAUCAUUGUAACAGAAAUAAAAUUUAGGUGUGCCACUAUACUUUUGAAAUCAAAAAGGCUGUCUUUAUAGUGGUGCCAUACCCACCUCCCAGCCAAAAAAAUUCUAAUUCCAGUUUUCAGAGAAGAACCUUUAGCAUCUGUUUUAUAGGACUGGAAAGUAAUUUUAUUGGUUGAAUGUUUAAAGGGACAACUAUCAAUGAUGCUACAUAUUGGGAAAACCUUAAGAGGUUAAAAAACCGAAGAUAAUAGGAG